AUGAUUGCGAGCAGAACCCCCCCUUCCGAGUGCACGGAGGUUACUCCUGACUGCCCAGUGGAGGGAACUAUCUACGGCUAUGCGCCCAAUGCCGUGGCAAGCUAUGCUUUUUGCAUCAUAUUUGCAAUUUGCGCCUUGGUACAGGUGAUUCAAAUGCUGAAAUGGCGCACCUGGUCCUUCGGUGUGGCCAUGUUUCUUGGAUCUAUCUCUGAGGUCGCCGGAUAUGUUGGUCGCAUACUUUUGCACAAUAAUGCCUACUCCUCUACGGGAUUUGAGACACAGAUAUGCACUCUCACCAUGGCCCCCGCUUUUUGGUCGGCUGCUAUUUACUUGACCUUGAAGCACGAGGUGAACAUUCUGGGUCCUAAAUUCUCAGUUUUGAGGGCUAAAUGGUAUCCCUUUAUUUUUGUGACGUGUGAUCUAAUAUCACUGUCAUUGCAAGGUGCUGGUGGCGGACUCGCCGCUACAGCAACUACCACUCAGGGGAGCGCAGUUGGGAGCGAUGUCAUGCUAGCUGGAAUUGUCUGGCAAGUUGCCACCUUGACAGUGUUUGGCAUUCUCUCUGUCCAAUUCUUUCUCCGAGUCAAGAAAGCACCCAAGUAUCAGUUGUCUGUGGAUGCCCAGAAGUUGUGGAAAAGCCGCAAGUUCUGGUUCUUCUGCUGGGGUAUUGUUGUCGCGUUCACUACCACCUAUAUCCGAUGUGUCUACCGUAUUGCUGAAAUGGCCGGAGGUUGGAGAAACUCUAUCAUGCAAGACGAGACCGGCUUCAUUGUUUGCGAGUCGAUAAUGUGUGUUCUGUCUGUGGUAGCUCUUUGCAUUGCGCAUCCUGGAUUCUGUCUUGAACAGAUGCGCGGAAACUAUACGAAGGUAGCUGCUGAAAACGUGAAACUACUAGAGGAAAAGACCGAGUACAACAAUUCAGUGUGA